AUCAUGACCUGUAGGUCACGAAAAUGACAUUUGUAGAAAAAAAAAAUUCGAAAAAAUUUCUAAGUUUUUUGGGGUCCCCUUUUCCGUACCCUAACCGAUCUACCUUUCCUCUCAAUAUUGGAGAAUUUUGUAGUUUGUCUUUCACUUAUUUAUGCCCAGCCUUAGCCACCAGCCUGUCAUAAUAUUGUGCCAAGAUUGCAUGCAAAUCGGAUGAAAAAUGACGAAAUCACGACAUGGCGAUAAAACAAGUCGAAAACAUGGCGAUGACCGUGUUCCGACAUGUCGACAACAUAAACAAAUGUGUCAAAAUUGAAUGCAAAAAAUCAGACGAAAAAUGACGAAAUUGGCGACAAGAACGUUUAGAAAAUUUGCAAAGCUGGAAGUCAUUUGUAGUUUUAUUUUUAAAUUAAAUAACCCAAUAUACACAUUAAAGGUUGUCUCUUAUUUUCUUCUUUAAUGCCACCAACAUGCAAAUUUUAAUUGCUUCGUCCACCUUUGCAGAAAAUAUUUGUUUGUACAGUUUUGCAGAUUUUGCAUCUUAAAAUUACUAAACAUAUUUAAAUAACUUAAAAUCAAUGGUUAAUUUAAAUAAUUUAAAAAGUUUGAAGUAUUGGCAAGAAAUCUCAACGGAUCCCAAAAAUGAGAGUAAUCGCGGUUCAAAUAUUGGGAGUCAUUUCCCAGUUUUUAACGGUUUUAUUUGCAUUCUUUGUUUGUUGGUGGUCUUUUUCUAACUUUUAAUUAACUGAAAUUAACUAAUUAAUCACAUCGAACCUUACCCAGAGGGAAGAAUAAGUCGGCUUAUCAGAAAAAGAGGUGAUCCACCUUUAUCACAAAAACUUGACAAAGAUGGCGACCGUACUUGGAGUACCAUCCGAGUUAAUUCUUCAAUUCGCAAAUCACUUGGACCAGAUUGGAACCGAGGUUCGGAACUCUUUCGAAUCGAAUAAAGCUGAAGAUUUUGAUACGAAAAUCAUUUGUGAUGGAGGAUCAAUCAUCAAUCUGCACAGGGUUAUCUUGGCCUCGGCGAGUCCUUGGUUAAAAUCGAUCUUCGCCGGGAUGGAAAUCCCCCUCGACGUGUACACCAUAAUCCUGCCCGACGUGAAGUAUCCCGACAUGCUUGUCCUCGCCGAGUUCAUGUACGGCGGCGAGGUGACCCUGCCCCUGCAACAGCUCGGCAGGGUGGUUGACCUCAUGAAACUACUCGGUCUCCAACCAGGCUACGGAAACGGGAAAUUCCUCAUUGACAACUUUUACGAUCCGACUUUUCCUGUGAUGCAUGUUCAUCCACCUGCAACCAGGCCAUCGUCGCCGCAAGGGUUGAAAUCACGGGUAGACGAUGUACAACUCCAGGAUUCGGCCAGUGCUCAGCAAGACGAUAACGGCGGAAACAUAAUGGUCGGUUCGGAUUCUUUCAAACCGAGAAUGGUUGAAAGUAUUGGCGAGUGUGAAAUUAAUUUCAACUGGUCUUCAGUGGAUGUGAUGAAUGAUGGCGAGAUGAUGGCGAACGAUCCACUCUUCAUAGUGCAGGAUGAAGGAAUUCCGGAUUCUGGAUCGGUGUCAGCUUCCGAAACGGUGCCUCCUCUCGACGCCGCUGCAGAGGACGACCAUCAAAAACAUAUCGUUCAUGAAGAACAUGUCGCCAACCAAGAGCAGGUCGUCAACCAAGAGCAUGUCGCCAACCAAGAGCAUGUCGCCAACCAAGAGCAUGUCGCUAACCAAGAGCAUGUCGCCAACCAAGAGCAUGUCGCCAACCAAGAGCAUGUCGCCAACCAAGAGCAUGUCACCCACCAAGAGCAUGUCGCCCACCAAAAGCAUGUCGCCAACCAAGAAGAUGUCGCUAACAUGGAGCAGGUCGUCAACCAAGAACAUGUCGCCAACCAAGAGCAUGACAAAAAGCAUGUCGCCAACCAAGAGCAUGUCGCCAACCAAGAGCAUGUCGCCCACCAAGAGCAUGUCGCCCACCAAGAACAUGUCGCCAACCAAAAGCAUGUCGCUAACCAAGAACAUCUCGCCAACCAAGAGCAGGUUCCCCACCAGCAUCACCAGGAUGAAGAUGUUGACGUUGAUGUCGUAGGAAUGGAUCAGGAAAUCGAUCGUGGAAUGGAACUUGACGGGCAAUCCAACUCUGAAGCGAGCAUGGUGGAUGAAGGUGUCGGUGUUGGUCAAGACCAAAACCAUCAUCUCUCCCGAAGAUCCACCCGUUUGGCCGCUACUCUACGAAAACUCGCCACCACUCCACCAGACCUCGCUGCGACUCCUGGAAAAAAACUCGCCGCGACUCCAGGAAAACUCGUCGAAACUCCACGAAAACUCGUCGCUACUCCACGAAAAAAACUCGUCUCAACUCCACGAACACUCGCCGCCACUCUAGGAAAACUCGCCGAAACUCCACGAAAAAAGGUCGCUGCGACUCCAGGAAAAAAACUCGCCCCGACUCUACGAAAAGUCGCCGCGACCCCACAAAACCUCACCGCAACUCGAAUUCUUCGAAGUCGCAAUAAGAGCGUUUCUUCGACUGGAGAAUGUCGCCUGCCCCGAAGGUGGGAGGAGAUAGAAGAUGAGAGUGAUGGAGAUAGGAAACGACCACCAAAACGAAAACGACCGUCCUCUGCAAAUCUGAAUAAGAAAAAACCGGCCAACAACACUGAUCUCUUUGCGUGUCAGCAUUGUGAAAAGACAUUCGUCUCCAAUUGGAAUUUAGUCGCUCAUACUCGCACCCACACGGGUGAAAGGCCUUUUGGUUGCUUCUUUUGCAACGCCUCUUUCCGUCAAAAGGCCCACUUGGAGAAACAUACUACCGCCGUCCACCUCCCCCGUGAGGAGGAGUCGGAGUCGCCUAAAAUCAAGCGAAAGAAGCCUGCCAGAGGUAAAUAGCUCUGGGAUCUCGUUAAUUCUCAACUUUCUGGAGAUACAGAAGAUUUUCAAGCUGCUUCCUUUUCAAGAACAAUACACCGACGACAUUUUUCACAAUUCUAUCGAGACCUAGGUCGGCAGGGGGAAUAGUUACGUAAAAAAGUGUAUGAAAAUAUAGAGGUUAAAGUAUUUUUAGUUAUUUGCAGUAUUUUUUAGUUGUAGGAUUACUUUUACCAAUUUUGUACACUUUCUUAAAUUAUUUACCAAACUUAAAAGUAUUAACUAUUUCCAAUGCAAUAAUGAUACUCGAAGAACAUGCUAAUAAAUAUAGAGGACAAAUAAAUCAAAUCCAAACAUGAGAUACUAUUUAAAAAUCCUGACAUUUUGUGACCUGAUGAAAUAAAAAUUAGUACAAAUAGGUACAUAGAAAUUUAGAUAAGACAAAUUACAAAUUUAGUACAAAUUAAACCACUAAAAUUAUUAGAAUUUACAAGUACGUGUAAGUAAAAAAAACGAGAGAUUAUUUAUGCUAGUUAGGUUUCAUUAAUGUUAUUUGCCAUUUAUCUAUUUGCAGACAAUUAACUAACUAAAUAGGCAAUUCAAAAUUAAUGAAGUUUCGUUGGUGUAAUGUAAACUUGGCUUACAAAAAAUGCUUAAUUUUGACUGAUUACAGUACUUACACGACAAAUAAAGAGAUUGAUAAAAAUAA